AUGUCCCAGGAGCUGCUGGAGCCAAGGGGGGCCGGGGACCCCGGCUGGGUCUGGGUGGCGACAGCCCCGCGGUGCCGGUGUUUUGCAGGUGACAGUGAGGACCCGGAGGAGGGGUCCCCGGCAGAGGAGGGGCGCUGGCACCCGCGGCAGGACCCGGCUGAGGAGCGGGGCAGCUCCGGGGGGGACGAGGGGCCCUGGGGGGCAGAGAGCGAUGGGGAGCCCUACCCUGAGCUGUCCUCUGGGGGCCGCUGGGGCUCGGGCUCCAGCGGCAGCCCCGAGGCGGUGAGGGACGGCCGGGCUCUCUGCCAGCCCCGGGGCUGCAGCACGGACUGGGGGGACACCUCAGGGCUCUCGGACACCAGCCCUGGCCCUGGCACCCCGUCCCGCCAGCACCGUGGCUGGGGCACGGCCGGGGACACCAUCGGGGGGCACAGGCAGGAGUGGAGCCCGAGACGGAGCCUCCCCCUGCAGCUGUCCACCGAUGGCCCCAGCCCCGAGCGUGUCCCCGAGCCCCAGGCAGCUGGCACAGGGAUGCCAGCCCCCGGCACCGCUGGCUCGGCACCCGCCGGGCAGCCCCAGGGCACCGGGAAUGCCCCGGCGCCCCAAGGGCACGGCAGAUCCCGAGUGCCCAAGAAAGCAGCGCCCGCGGUGGUGCCCCCCAAGCCCGCCCGGCAGUCGCGGUCCCUGAGCCCACGGAGGCGAACGGGUGCCAAGGGGACGAGGGAUCCCUCGGGAACGGGUACCGAGGGCACCCAGUACGGCCGAGGGCGCCUCAACCACCCUCUGCCCGACCUCUCCAAGGUGGAGGCGCGGGUGAAGUUCGACCAGAGCUACCGCCCGCCCCGGGGCCGGGUGCUGCCCGCCCGGCCCCGCGGUCCCGGCGGCCCCAUCGGCUUCAAAUCCCCGGCCGAAAUCGUCCGGGAGGUGCUGCUGAGCAGCGGGGAGGGGGUGUCCCCGCAGCCCCCCAGCACGGCCGGGCUGCCGCAGGAGCUCAGGUCGCCCAGACAAGCCACGGCGCUGGUGCAGCAGCUCCAGGACGACUACCACAAGCUGCUGACCAAGUACGCCGAGGCUGAGAACACCAUCGACCAGCUGCGCCUGGGCGCCAGGGUGAGCCUGUUCUCCGACCCGCCGCAGCCCAGCCGCAGCCUCGCUGUGGGCACCGUGGCCACCGGGAGCCGCGUGAUGACCCUGAGCAUGCCGCAGGCGCGGACAGCGGCUCUCGGCAUGGCCACAGCCCCGGCCUCGCCAGGUACAGCUGCAGCCCCGGGACCGUCAGAGCGGGGGGGUUCACCUCAACCUCGGUCCCCUCCUGUGUCCGGGGGGGGCUGCCCCACCUGCCCCGGGCCGUGCUGCUGCCCCGGCUCCCGGCUCACCCAGGCCCUGGCGGGGCAGAGCCGCAGGCUGCAGGCACAGGUGGAAUCCUUCGAAAGCUGGGUGCGUGCAGGGACCCCCACACCCUCGGAACAGCUCCAGAGGAUGAGGAUGCUGAAGGACGCGCAGGAUGCGCUGGAGCGGGAAUACCUGCGGGGCCGGCAGCAGCUCCCGGCGGCUGCGGGGGAGUUUGAUCCUGACCGGGCGGUGGAAGGGGAGAUUUACCGCCUGGGGCUGCGCCUGGAGGGGCUGAAGGAGCGGCUGGAGCCGGGGGGCAGGCGGCAACCCCUCCCUCAGCCUCUCCCGCAGCCCCCCCCGCAGCCCCGCUGCCCCCCAGCCCCAUCCCCACCACUGGCCGCCCACUCCCCGCACCCCGAGAGCCCUGCGCUCGUGGAGGGUCCUCGAGGAACAGCAGGGGACAGCGAGGGGGUGGCAGGGGGGCUGCCCUGGCCCCUCUGGCACAAACAACGCCAAGUGGAGGAGGAUUUCGGGGACCUGCUGGAGCAGUACAAGCACUUCAAGUCCUUGCCGGAGUCGCUGAGCCUGGAGCAGCUGAGCCUGGCGGGGAGCGGGUCCCAGGAGGAGGUGGAUGCACCCACAGCAGGGGACAGUGGCCUCAGCAAGGUCCCCUGCAGGACACGGUCACUGGAGGAGGGGCCCAACCUCGAGCCAUUGCCCUUGCACCUCCCGCAGAGAAGAGCUGCGACGCUUCCCCCCAGAGGACCCCCAAACCUGGAGGAGAUGCGGGGCCACCCCUCCCCUGCCACUGCUGAGGAGCCACCAGCCUCUGCCAAGCCCCCCCUGGAGGUCCCUGGGCCACCACGGGUGCCCCUGUCCCUCCGUGGGACAGGCAGCACUGCCACCCAGCACGGGCCCCGCACGGAGCAGCGCAUCGUGUCCCCAGAGACCGACAGCGGCUUCGUGGGCUCGGAGGCCAGCAGGGUGUCACCCCCCGUGCACACCCCCGAGCACCCUCCCCCUGGCCCAGGGACUCCGGGCUCGCUGGGACCUUCCGUCCCCAUCCCCAGCAGCCUCCGUACCCCACGGAAGAGAGAGGCGACCCCGCUUCCCUCCGAGACAGCACUGAUGGGCAUCUUCCCCCCGGGGGGCACAGGGGGGCCCCGGCUGCCCCCCAGCAGCCCCUCUCAGAGCAGCUCCCCCCCUCGCUGGGCUGAGAGCGCGGGCAGCGAGGUGGGGCCGGACCCCGACGGUGAUGGCACUCGCACGGACUCGGAGGUGGGAGACAGGAGCUGUGCCAGCGCCGGUGGCCACCCCCCAGCCAUGGCCAGGAGCCCAGCCAGCCCCCUGCCAUCCCCCGAAACGCCAUCCCCCACCCUCCUGUCCCCUGACCUGCCGUCCCUCGACCCGGCUCCCUGUGACCUGCUGGGCUCCCGUCUGGAGCGCGACCAGGCCAUCCGGGCGCUGCAGGACGAGGUGUGGCGGCUGCGGCUGCGGCUGGAGGAGAGCCUGCUCCGCUCCCGCAGCUAUCCCGAGGGAAAAGCCACUCCCCGCGUCACCCCAGCCAGGAGGCAGCCGGUGGCCAGCGGUCCAUCGACCCCGCAGGACACGGCACCUUCGGAGGACCCGAGCCCCCCGGUGCGGGGCAGGGUGGCCCCUGGGCUCACACCCACGCAGAGGAAGAGGUCGGCAUCGCUGCCACGGCGCAGGCCAGAGCUGGACCUCGGUCUGGAGCUGGGUUCCAGCGGAUGCCACCCCGCUUCCCUGUCCUCUGCUGCAGCCUCCGAGUCAGAGCCCUCGCCCGCCAGGCCCCGAGCACCCCCCGUGCUGCGGAAGCCCCUCGGGAAGCCACCGGGGGCGGUGACAUUCCGGGGACAGUACACAGGGACACGGUACCAGGCGGGGACACCACGUGCCACCCCGGCACCCCGAGAAGAGCCGGGCACCUCAGGGUGUCCCCAGUGUCACAGGGGCAGGAUGGCAUCAGCUGCAUUUGGGGGAGGUGACACCCCCCGGCAGCCCCAGCACAGCACCCCUAGGAGAACGUCCUGCCCCACCUGCCGGGCACCCUCUGCAGCGGGCAGCAGGGACACAGCCACACACGCAGAGCAUGGCCCUGGUGGCUCCUGUCCCCCAGGAGCCGAGAAGCCGGAGCAACCCGGAAUUUGGUACUUGGCAGCCACCCCUGCUGCCACUGUCUGCCUGGCACCCAUCCCCCUCGUGCCUUAUGUGCCCUCCAUGCUCUACUGCUCCCCAGCAGCUCCUACCUCAGCCCCAGCCCUGGCUGGGGUCCAUCUCGGUGUCCCUGCGGGGCCCCGGCAGGCAGAGCGUCCCCCCCGGCCCCAGGGCCACCACGGCUGCCUGAGCCUGGACCUGGAGGAGCUGGAGGAGCUGAACUGGUCCCUCAGCCGGGCUGUGGAGGCUGCCCAGAGCGUCAGGCUGACCACGAGCCGCAUGAGCCGGGCGCUGGCCGCCGAGCUGGGCCGGCCGCGGGGCCUGCGCGGCUCCUGCCUCUUCUGAGGGCCCUGCUGGCACCUCCAGCCGCUUCUGAGGGCCCCGCUGGCACCUGCAGCCUCUUCUGAGGGCCCCGCUGGCACCUGCAGCCUCUUCUGAGGGCCCCAUUGCCACCUCCAGCCUCUUCUGAGGGCCGCAUUGCCACCUCCAGCCGCUUCUGAGGGCCCCAUUGGCACCUGCAGCCUCUUCUGAGGGCCCCAUUGGCACCUCCAGCCGCUUCUGAGGGCCGCAUUGCCACCUGCAGCCUCUUCUGAGGGCCCCAUUGGCACCUCCAGCCUCUUCUGAGGGCCCCGCUGGCACCUGCAGCCUCUUCUGAGGGCCCCGCUGGCACCUGCAGCCUCUUCUGAGGGCCCCAUUGGCACCUGCAGCCUCUUCUGAGGGCCCCAUUGGCACCUCCAGCCUCUUCUGAGGGCCCCGCUGGCACCUGCAGCCUCUUCUGAGGGCCCCAUUGGCACCUGCAGCCCCUCCGUGCCACCAGGAGCGGAGGAUGGGCCCCUCAGCGUCCCUGCACCGGCUGCUCCCUGCCAAACCUGGGGGCGGCAGGGCUGGAGGUGCCUCCCGCGGGUCCUGCCCUGGCUCCCAGCCGGCUCCUGCUCUCCCUGCAGUCCCUGCAUGGCUUGUCCGUCUGUCUGUGCGUCUUCAAGAACCCCCAGGCUGCAGGAGGGGGGGAGGCGUGGGCAGGAGUCUCCAGCAUUCCGCAGCACUGUCCCCUGGGACCAAUGGUGGCCCUGUGUCCCCUCAGGGCAGUGGCCACCGCACCCUGAGCACUUCUGGGGUUGCUCUGACCUCGCGUGGGUCGAGCCCCCUUGGCAGCUGUGUUUACCUCUGUGCCUGUGUGGGCAGAAAUACCUGGGAUCCCCUGGGAUCCCCUAUUCCACCCCUUCCCCAGCCUGCAGGCCUCCUCAGGAGCCUGUGCCCUCUGCCCUUGGACUUGAACCCAGCAGGAUCCUCCCUGGGGAAAUUUAUUUUUUGGUGGUUUUUAUGUGAAUUUUUUAGCUAGUAAGCAGCUAAAUCACUCUUUUGAGUGUUGAUUGAUGGUCUGUAAUGUGAGUGUGAUAUAUGUGUAUCUAUAAAUGGAUAUAUCUAGAUAUAGGCAUAUCUGUAUUUAGUUAUAUGUCUAGAUCUAGAGAGACAGAUAUAAAUAGAUCUGUGUAUGUACAGAUCAGUAUCUGAGUCUAUAGAUAUAUCUUUCUACAGAUACAUAUAUAUAAAUAUUCUGGUUUGCAUUUCCAGCACAACCCUUAGGGCAUUUGUGGGGUUUUUCUGGUCAUCCCUGGAUGUGGCCACCCACAGCAUCAUCCAGGCAGAAAAUAAAAUGAAGGAUUUGAGGUUUUCCCCCUGGGAUCCUCAGGGAAGCUGGGCUGGUGGAGGAAAAGUCACCUGCUGAGACCAAAGCAGGUGUGGGGUGUGUGGAGCCCCUGUUCCUCCCUGGUUUCUAAGGGGUUAAUGCCUAUUUUUUAGGGAGAAGGAUGUGGUUGGGGCAGCUUUUCCUGGGAUGGGUCCAGCCAAACCCCCUGCUCCCCCCAGCCCCUCAGCCUGUGUUUACCUGUAGGACCUACCUGAAGUGCCAGUGUCAAAUGUAUUUAUUUAUCUUUUAUUUGUUGUACAAAUACCCACAUUUGGAGGGGGGAUCAGUGAGGGACUCAGGUCUGGAGCCUUCCAAGCUCCUCCUGAGCCUGAUCUGAUGAGAGCCCAGACGGGUUGGGAAUGGAGCUGUGCCCUGCUCCUUUUUUGGGGUAAGAGGGCUGGGUUUGGGGGAUUUUAAAGAGGUUUGGGGGAUUUUAAAGAUGUUUUAUUGUCUCUGGUUGCCUCUGCUCUUGCCCUUGCCCCAAGCUGGAAGCUGUGACUCCCCCAGCCCAGGCAGGGCGUGAUGGGAGCGUGUGGAAAGCGUGGGUAAUUAUCCCAAAUGCAGUAGCCAGGACCAAAUGAUGGGUUUUUUCCCCUAUCUCCUAUUUUUUAACGCCCAGCAGAGCCACUGGGGUGGUAUUUUGUACGAAGAAAUCACCUAUUUUUGAAGGAAAUAAACGCAGUUGGAUGA